AUGCUGUGGCUGCUGCUCCUGACCCUCCCCUGCCUGGGGGGCUCUGUGCCCGGGAACCCAGAGCCGGGCACGGGGCGUGAGCAGGUGGGCAUCGUCGGGGGCUGUGACGUCUCAGCCAGCAGGUACCCCUGGCAGGUCAGCCUGAGGUUCUACAACAUGAAGAUGGACAAGUGGGAGCACAUCUGCGGGGGCUCCCUCAUCCACCCCGAGUGGGUGCUGACCGCUGCCCACUGCCUUGGGCCGGAGGAGCUGGAGGCCUGUGCGUUCAGGGUGCAGGUCGGGCAGCUGAGGCUCUAUGAGGAUGACCAGCGGACGAAGGUGGCCGAGAUCCUCCGCCACCCCCAGUACAACGAGAGCCUGUCUGUCCAGGGCGGCGCGGACAUCGCCCUGCUGAAGCUGGAGGCCCCCGUGCCGCUGUCUGAGCUGGUCCACCCCGUCUCGCUCCCGCCUGCCUCCCUGGACGUCCCCUCGGGGAAGACCUGCUGGGUGACCGGCUGGGGUGACAUUGGACAUGGAGAACCACUGCCCCGGCCCCUCAGCCUGCGGGAGGCGAAGGUGAAGGUCAGGAGCAACGCCGUCUGCAACCAGAUAUACUGCCACCGUUUUCCAUCCAACAACACCGCGCGGUUUGAGCAGGUCAUCAAGAACGGCAUGCUGUGUGCAGGGGACGGGAACCACGGCCCCUGCCGGGGCGACGCCUGGGGGGCCCCUUGUGUGCAGGUGGAAUUGCACCUGGGUCCAGGGUGUGGCGUUCCCUCUGGGAGCCCUUCCAUGCUCCGGUCCUGGGAUUCAGAGGCCACCGUGGAGCGCUCUCUGCCCCCAGGGGCCUGA